AUGUCUCACAGACUGACCAAGGACGAGCUGGAUGAACAGUUUGAGCUGUUCUUGAAGGAGUCUGUUUCAGAUGACUCUGUGGAUUUUGGAGGCUCUGACAAGCAGUCAGGUGCCAAAAGUAGUCCGAAAUUAUCCCGGAAAACAACAGUGUCAUGGUGGCAAGAUGACGAACACAGUGAUGGAGCAACGGGAAGAGCGUCAGCACCAGCUGUGACCAACAUGGGGAUGGAUACUCUGGAGGAAGAGGAGGAGAAAGCCAGGUUCUUUGCCCGACUAGAAGCCGGAGCUUUAUCAACUAUAGAUUACUCCCAACUGAACAGAGAGCUAGACUCCACUCCUUCUACCAUGGCCAGUAACCUCAGGAAAGCUGAGGAAUCAGUGGAGCAGAGUCAAGAUGAUCAAAGGAGAGGCAGACUCACGGAGACUGUUAGAGACUCUCCAGUUUCUCUGUAUGAUUCCCUGGAUGACACCGGUGGAGAAGACAUGAGGAAGGACACAGCAGCAUCAGUGGAAAGAGGUCAGUCCUACGUACAGAGUGGAGGCUCAGAGAUGGAGGCUCUUCAUGACGCCUACAGACAGAUCCAUGUUGUGGAGGAUUCAGACGAUCAUCAUUCAUUGGAGGGGAGGGGAAGGCUCAAUAGACCUGUAUCUCCAUCCUCUCUUCCUCACUAUGCCAGACAGUCCCUACAGCCUGCUUCUACCAAUGAGUCAGAGCUGCCCACUGCAGAAGAGCUGAUGAGGCCCAUCCGACCAGAGACGGACCAUACCAGAGGUUUCUCCCUGCAGCCUGUCAGGUCAGACUCACUAAAUAAUGUUGAUGUGAGUUUUGUCAUACUCUCUGAUGACAGUGCUGUACAACUUGACCAAGACAAGACAUUCCCAGAUGUGACGUCUCCAGACUCUCAUCAGAAGCGACCAGGGCGGGCUGACUCUGUAGGGACAAAGGCAGCCAGGGGAUUGACGAGCCACCCAUCUAUCUCCCCGGAUCAUCUCAACCGGGACUUGACAUGGAGCAUCAGGGAGGAAGUGGAGAAACUGAUGAGGGAUCAAACCACUUUUGCUCCUCACACAUCCUCUCAGACUGGCAAAGCUAAGAAACAACCAGCAUCCCGUGGCUCCACCAUUUCUAAUGCUACUACAUCUUCAUGGAGGAAACCAUCUAUGACUGCUGUGAGAGGCAGGAGAGUGGAGGGUAGAGCAGCUGUGGCCUCCAGAUCGACCGGUCUGAACAGAGCUGCUGCUACAGCCAAGUCCCAGUCUACUGUUUCUCAUUCUCUAGAACAGCCACGAGAAAAAGCCAAACCCACAAUGAGCCAGGAAAAAGAUGACAGCAACUACACAGAGACAGGUCAGAGGGUGAGCAGUGAGCUGGUGGCAUCCGUCCAGUCUUUAGUGACAGUCCUUCAACAGCAGAUAGACAUUAGCGGCCGCCAGGAUGCUGCAGAAUCACAGGAAGUCAGAAGUUCUCAAGAAACCAGACUGACACAACAUCUCCUGAGGAAGAGUAAGGAAGAGGACAGCUCUGUGGUGGAGGAGCUCAGAGUCCAGCUGGCCCAGAAGGAGAGAGAACUGGAGAGGAUGAAGCAAGAAGCAGAAGAGCUCCACUCACUCAGACAGCACAACUACUUGCUGCAGAGCAAGCUGCACAGUGCAGAAGAAGCCAAUCAGAAGAGGAGACUGACAGAAGCCACUGACUCUGCUACAGAGAAAAAACUCCAACAGAUUGAUAAAGAAAUAAAAGAGCAGGAGACGCUCAUCAAAGGUUACCAACAGGAGAAUGAGAAGCUAUACUUGCAGAUGAAGGCUCAGCAGGUCAGGAGUAAAGCCAACGAGGACGCCAUGUUUAAUGAAAACCAGAGGCUGCUGAAUGAGCUGGCCUUCACAAGAGAGCAGCUGAAUAAAAGCUCAAGGCCUGUGGGAAACGUGUGCUCAAUGGAUCACACUCAGCGCAUCACUGACUUGUUGGCUCAAAUAAAUACAUUUCAGAGGAAUGAGGCGAAGCUGUCUGAGGACAUGCACAGGCUGAAGCAGGAGAAGCAGGCUCUGGAGGUGGACAUGCAGCUGAUGAAGAAAGAGAGAGACCUCGCCAAAGCACAGGCCGUCUAUAGCUCAGGUGAUAAGACGUUCGAGCUGCGCGUUCUGGAGGACACGCACAGAGAGGAGGUGUCGGCCCUGAAGAAGAAGCUGCAGUGGUUUGCAGAGAACCAGGAGCUGCUGGACAGAGACGCAGGCAGACUGAAGGCAGCUACAGCUGAGAUACACCAGCUGAAAGAACAGGUGGAAAAACUGAAAACAGAAGUUGGCAGAAGAAGCAGUGAGCAGCAGAGAAAAGCCAAAGACAAAUCUAUGGAGAGUAAAAGGAUGCAGGACCUGGAGCGACAGGUGAAGGAGCUGGAACAGAUACUAAGACGCAGAAACCCAAACUCGCUGCCCGCUCUGAUCUACGCAGCAGCCACGGCCGGGAGUCACGGAGACGCUGACGCUGCGAGGACGUCCCCGCCCGGCCGCAUCAACGCCCUGCUGGAGCGCAGGGUCCAACGCCUGGAGGCGGAGCUAGAGAGCCACGAUGAGGAGGCCAAACGCAGCCUGAGAGCCAUGGAGCAACAGUUCCACAGCAUCAAGCUGCGCUAUGAGCAGCAGAUCUCAGAUCUGGAGCAGCAGGUGGAGCAGAGGGAGCAGCUCACAGCAGCAGCUUCAACAUGUGGUACUGAGCCGUGGGUGUCACAGGUGAGAGGACUGGAGGAGGAGCUGCAGCGUGUGAAGGAAGUCCAGCAGCAGAAAGAGAAAUCCCUGCAGGACCAGAUAGAGUCUCUGCAGGAGCAGCUCAAACACAAGGCUCAGCCCAGCCCGGGCCGACACCAGCGCCAAGCAGAGGCAGCGACCGGCGUGCGGUUAGAGCGGCUCAACCAAGAGCUUAGCGCCAAGACACAAACCAUCCAGGAGCUGAACCGCACAGUACAGAGACUGCAGAGAGAGAGGAGGAACAUGCUGUCUGUCCCCAACACACGACACGAAGCCCGUUCUACAGAGACCAAACAACAACCAACCCAGACCAAACAACAACCAACCCAGACCAAGACCCUCUGCCCCUCUGCUGCAGGAGAUGAAACAUUUCCCGCUGCUCACUAUGAGAAGACCUACCAGCCCACUGUGUUCACAGGGAGUCAUAUCUCAGAGGUCCUACAGGAGAACGAGGCUCUAAUGGAGCGCCUGGAGCUGCUGGAGCUGCACGGUGAGCGGGAGAAGGAGGCGUUGAAGUCUGAAGUUAAACAAGCUGAAGAGGAAGUGAGCAGGCUGAAGCAGCAGUUAUCAGAGCAGCUGUCCUCUCUGAAGGCAGAGCACCUCGGGGUGUUGGAGCGUCUGCAAGCUACACACGCACUGGAGCACUCGUCCUCAAAGGUGGCUCAGCUCACCAACGAACUCAACACUCAGGAGAUUAUGGUGAAGCAUCUGCAGGAGCAGCUGAAGGAGCUGCAGGGUGUCAGAGAGGCUCUGACUGUAUCCAGGACGAGAGAAGACGCUCUGCAGAAACAGCUCAGCAGGCUGCUGAAGGAUCUGAAGGAAGCUAAAGAAGCUCAGAGCCCAGAGGUGAGACUGGCGUGCAGCCUGGAGAGGAAGAUCCUCAACAUGGAGCUCAGACACCAGCACAGAGAGAAAGAGCUGCAGCAGGUGAUUGGAGGCUCGUGGUUGACGCCAGAGGCUGAGCAGCAGCCAGAGGUGGAGCGCUGGAAGCGUGUGGCUCAGGACAAAAGCAGAGAGCUGGAAGCUUUCCGCCUGGAGCUGGACUCCAUCCUGGACAUCCUGAAACAUCUCCAAAGACAGGGAGUGGUCCUUACACCCCCAACAUAACCCCCCCUCAUCCAGAUGACUCCAUGCACACAUCACAAGCGUGUGACUUAAAGCUAAAUAAAGACUAGAGGAGCAAUAAUCAAUAUCUGAGCAAUAUAAGGGCUUCUCAUAGAC